AAUAAUGAAUAAUAACCUUUUUACUUCUUUCUCGACCCAUAGCCAGAAGGCUGAAAGUUGGCCAGUGUUAAAGAUAAUGGCAGAACGUCAUUGUGUCAGCAAUAGCAAUCUCUUAAUGACGACUCAUUUGUUCUAUGAACAGCAUCCAACACCAAGACUGUGAGGUUUACCAUCUCGCCUCUGCUUUGCAGUGGACACGUCUUUGAAGGCUUCACCCAGCUGUGCUGCUUUCACAUUUACCUGCAGAGCUGCUGGACCCUACAGGUCCAAGAGUUGAAUAUUAAUUAUAGCCCUUUAAUCUGCUCAGCAACCAGGCUGCAGUGACUGAAAGUAAUUGGAAAUUUCAGAUAAAUCCUUUAAGACUGAAAGAAUAAUAAACGAAUAAGAAAGUAUCUCAGAUGUAAGCAUCCUCUUAUGCUCUGACGCCAGCACUGCGAUGGAUGGCACUCCUGAUUUUCAGACUCUAAUGAACUAACCAGGAUGUCAGAGGAACCGAGCACUGAAUUCAUUCACAAACACAGAGGAGAAGUCCUCAGCAGAGUCGAGAAAGAGGCUCUCCACACGUUCCUUCAAUCUCAUGUAAAUUUGUUUAAUAAAUGUUUUAUUUGUAAAAUAGCUGCAGAUAUUUGUCGCAGCGUGAAGGGGGAAACAUGCAAACUUAUUGUAAAAUAUUUGUGAACAGCCAGAUAAACAUCUGAGAGGGGAGCUUUGUCUGAUGGGAAAGUUAUGCUCCCUGUUUAUCCUGGUAGUGCGGAAAGAUAAAGCAGCAACAGCAGCUUGUGGCGAGGAGGAUCACAAUUCCUGUGUAUUAGGAGGCUUUCUCUGAGCAUAAAUAACAGGGGUAUCCGGCCACUGAAACAAUAUAUGUUUGCAGAAAAGAAGGAAAGUGAACAAAUUACACAAGGCUAUAUUUGUAAAUGUGUAUAAAAUCUUCCUGAACUCCUGCCAAAAGAUCUGGCACCAGAAAACAUCCUAUUCUGCUCUGACAGAAACUUGCAGCUUGUUGAUGUCGGCGGGAGACUGGUGCUACCAGAGCCAGUUUACCUGCGAGCAUAAGUGCAAUGCACCAGAAAAGUGGAACCAUGCCAGCGAGGACUGUGGGGGAAGAUCCCAGUCACCCAUCAAUAUCGUCACCAGAAAGACACUGAAAGAUGAGACUUUGAGCCCUUUUCAGUUCAAAAACUACCAGCAGACCUUCAGAGGCUCCAUCAAAAACAACGGCCACUCGGUUCAGGUUGGGGUUCCCAUUCUCAGCACCAUCUCGGGUGGAGGCCUAGAGGACACGUACAAGGCUGUGCAGUUCCACCUGCACUGGGGCACUGAUGGAGGGCCUGGCUCUGAGCACACCAUUGAUGGGGAACAGUACCCCAUGGAGCUGCACGUCGUUCACAUGAAGAAACAUUAUGCUGAUCUGGGAACCGCACUGAGGGACAAGAGUGGCGUUGCAGUUCUGGGAUUUUUCUACGAGGAGUCCAAGAGUCCAAACCGAAAAUAUGACUCCAUCAUCAAUACGCUGCAAAGUGUUAAAGCAACAAAUAGCAACAUCUCUCUGCCCUCCAUCUCCUUGGCACAGCUGAUCCCCUCUGAGCAGAACCUGACGUCGUACUACCGUUACCAGGGUUCCCUGACCACCCCUGGGUGCACCGAGUCUGUGGUGUGGACCGUGUUUGAGAACCCCAUCCCUUUGAGCAUGGAGCAGCUGAAAGCAUUCUCCAAGGUUCAGUUCCACGACGGCAAGCAGAUGGUUAACAACUUCCGCCCUGUCCAGCCACUCAACGGCCGGCAGGUGUACCGCUCAGGAGGGGCCGUGCCCCUGGCCAGCUGGGCCCUCCUGGCGGCAGCCCUCGUGACGACUCUGGGGCUGUUCCAACCCAACUAAAAGCGAGCAAUCCCAUGCUGCACUGCGACAUCUAUGAACCCCAACAGAUCUGCGUCAAUUCUCUCAGACUCUUGUUUCCAAUGUAACUCUGACUUGAAGACAGUGGACCACGUCAAAGUGCAGGGGUUGCUCACCUGGUGGUCCCCCCCCCCACCCCUUACGACACAAAUGACAGAGGCGUCAUUACGCCUUAAGAAAGGUGGUGUAAGGGUUUGAUCAGCAUCCAUGCAUGUGUAGUGAAGUAGUAUCUCUUAUUUAGGCCUCAUGAACGUGCCAUGAAGCAAGUUACUUGGCACCCAACGUGGGUAAUCAAACUCAACUAAGAACCAAUGCACGCACACACGCUCGUCACCCAUCUUUAGUUUUUAUGAGCUCUCAUCCACCUUGUCCAAUGUCAGGUAAAUUUAGUGUCCGUUAAUACCAGUGUGAGUUGCCAAUGUUUUGAGGGGGGCGAGCGCUAAUGUCAGCCCCAUGACUUGGCACAUGAUGUAUUAGUGUUAAUGGAGCAUGUGAAAAGGUUGGAGUUAUAGAUAGCAGAACCGAGUCACAAAAAAAGAUCCAGCACCAAGCCAGAAGUCAAAGGAGAAUGCAGUUUGACUUUUCUAUGAAAGUACAUCAGAUUGCAGCCAGGUCGAGGCCUCUCAGAGCCUGGGUGCAGCAUGUGGGGAGGUCUUGCUGAGGCUCACCAGAAAGCAUUAAGAACAGCUGAAUGAAGCUCCCACUCUGAAGCUGCAGGCUCUCGUCUCCCACUAUUAAGACGUUGACAUUAUAUCAGUCAGAUAGAAAGUGGUACCGGCUUGCCGUUAAAGAGGGUGCAAUCGAAUCACAAGAACACACCUGCAUUUUUUUUUAUUUUAGCACAUCGUACAUGAAGAGCAUGACUCUGCAUGCUGUGAUUGUCCACACCUUUGACAUAAGCUACAUGGCUGCAGGAAGCGAGGUUUCACAGCUUUUCCCAAACUCCCAAAUUGUUUUCCCAAAACAAGUGCUUGAAUUUCACGGGAGCCUAUUUCGUAGAACUGCGAUCGUUUCCACGGCUAGUAUUACAUUGCAGUCGGACGCAUUGAUAAUUGUCUACAGUGAAUCACACCCUGCUCAGCGCUCUUGUGUUUUUGUUUUCAGGAGAACUUGCUGUGUAUUUUUAAGUGAGAUAUGUGCAAUUUGGCAGCAAGAACUGUUUGUACAAUGAGGAAGGAAUCUGUAUUUUCCAUUGUUUCAGAAGAAAACCAGUUAUAUUUCUAUGCUCUGUCGUUUUACACAUGUAUUUAUGUACUGAAUGUGCAUAUUGAGAUGAGAUGAGAUUACCAUGUUAUUGUUAUUUAUAUAUUGCAACAAUUAUAUAGAAUGCACAGCUAUAUAAGAAGCUUGAAACUGUUUGUGAUCAAUCAAGUUUACUUGUAUUCUUGAAAUGUUUUAAGAUGCCAGAUUGUAAUGCUAGAAAGUGUUAUUAAAAAUAUUAUGUGAAUAUUACUGUUAAAUAAUAAACUAUAAGGCUUUUUAAAGA